AAUCCAUAGAUUUAUUACUUGAAAAACUUCAAUCACAAGAAUUUCCCUUCUUUAAAGUCAAAGUGAUUUCUGGGGCUGGCCAGCAACACGGAAGUGUAUACUGGUCUACUACAUCUCAAUCUACGUUAAAUUUGCUAAAUUCAUCAUAUUCAUUAGCCACUCAAUUAAAAUCUAAUAAAGUAUUCGCAAUCACAAAUUCUCCAACAUGGCAAGAUUCAAGUACUUCACUACAAUGCAAAAAUUUGGAAAAAUUAAUUGGUGGACCAGAUGUAUUGGCACGUAUUAGUGGUUCUAAGGGCUUUGAAAGGUUUACUGGUAAUCAAAUUUCAAAGAUUUGCCUUCAAUCUCCAUCUCAAUAUCUUCAAACAUCUAGAAUAUCUCUAGUUAGUUCAUUUCUCGCUUCAAUAUUUCUUGGCGAUUUUGCCCCAAUUGAUAUCGCAGAUGGAUCAGGAAUGAAUUUACUUGACAUUAAUACAAAAAAUUGGGACGAUAGGUUAUUAGAUAUUUGUGGCAAAUAUUCCACUCACGCUUGUGAAAAUGAUAUUAAAUUCGGUGAAGAAUUAAAGGCGAAACUUGGAGUUCCUGAAAGUGAUGGAUUAAAAAUUCUAGGAAAUAUUAGUGAUUAUUUUGUUAAGAGAUAUGGGUUUAGCAGCGGUGAUGUGGUAAUCUCUUUAGGCACAUCGGACACUGUACUAUUUUAUACAACAAAGACUCAUCCAACGCUUGAAUCUCACACUUUAUGUCACCCAAUUAAUAAAGAUUUGUAUAUUUCUAUGCUAUGUUAUAAGAAUGGAAGUUUAACUAGAGAAUAUAUUAGAGACUUUUAUUACAAUAACAACAAACAAGAUGAUGAAAAGGAUAUUGAUUCUGCAAAAUGGAAAUGGUUCAAUGAGAUUCUUGCAGCUUCAUCACCAGACCCCAAAAAAUACGGAUUUUAUUUUGUGCAUCAAGAAAUUAUUCCAUUUGCUAAAGGUAUUUAUCGUUUUUUUAACAAACAUAUGGUUGACGAUUUCAAGGAUAUGCCCGAGAGCAAUAUUAGAACAGUAGUUGAAUCACAAUUUAUGUCAAUGAAGUUAAGAGUUGAUAAAUUAUUAUCAGAUGAUAAAAAUGUAAAUAAAGAAGUUGAAUUGGUUAAGAAAGUUUUAGUGGUUGGAGGAGCGAGCAAGAAUAAUGAGAUUUUACAAGUAUUGGCUGAUGUUUUUGGUGUACAGGUUUGGAGGUUUAAUGCUACAAAUAGUGCAUCAUUAGGUGCUGCAAUUAAAGCUAGAUUGACUUUUAGUAAGUUUACGAAUAAUUAUCGAUCAGACAUUACUAUUAAUGAAUUGUCAGAAAAUGGUAAUGAAUUAGUGGCGCAGCCGAGACAGGAAAACUCUGCAAUUUAUAAAUAUAUGAUGAAAGAUUAUUUGGAAUUGGAGCAAAUAGUUAUUGG